AUGCAGCUGCCGUCGCCUUUGCGUGGCCUUCCGGCCUCGUGUCCUCCGGAGGCGCGCAAGCCCGCGGCGGCGUCGGGCGCGGCUCUUCAGGGCGCCGAGCAGCCGUUCUCUGCGUCUGAGCAGAGGGAAGGCGAGCGCCCGCCGCGGCGCACCGCGCCGGCGCCGGAGGCUGCGGUCGUCGCGGCUUCCUCGGGAGAGCGCUGCGGCGCCGCGCCGGCGGCCAGCGAGAGAGAGGCGCAUCGCGAUCCACCCGAAAGGCGCGACGCACUGGAGAGGAGCCCCGAGCAGCUUCUCCAGAAGUUCUCCACGAUGUGGGCGCACUCUGGCGGCCUCACGGGCUACCUGCCCGAUGCUCAGCCUCGGGCGGAAGAGGCGCGACGCGACAGCAGCCGCGGCGUGCGCGGCGGAAGUCUGCGGGAGACGCAGGACGAGGCAAGCGCGGCAGGUGCAGCGAGCGAUGGGGAGUUUUUCCGCUAUUGCCGCGCGUUCUUCCGCGAGCAGGAGCGGCAGCAGCGCAACGUCCUCCGGCAGCCCCUGGACCGACUGGAGGGCCUUCGCGCGCCCCUCGAGCGAGUGUUGGCGGGAGUCGAGCAGAUGGAAGAAGACGGCGCGCGCCUGCGAACGGCGAAGGAGGAAGUCCGCCGCUGCACAGCGGGGAUGCACGGGGCGUGUCGGCAUCUGGUGCAGGAACAAGCUCAGCUCAAGCACAUCAUCGAGGUGAUUCAAAGCCGCCUCGCGUACUACACGCGCUACGAAGGUCUGCGGCAACUCCUCGAGAGCCCUCUCCUCGUCCUCUCUCCUCCCUCUUCUUCUCCCUCUCCAUCUUCGCUAUCUUCCUUUUCUGGCGGCGGGACGUCGCUGGACGUCUCCUCUCUUGCGAAGGCACUGGAGUUCAUCGAUGAGGCGACGCAGUUCUUCGCAAUCCACCCUGACUACGCCGAAGCGUCAACGUACCUGCGGAACUACGGAACGCUGCGGAUGCGCACGCGCGCCGUCAUCCGUGCAGCGGUGCUUCAGAGCCUGGAGGCUUGCCAGGCCUCAGUCGAGAAGCGCAUGCAGCAGCGGAGGACCGGAGGCGAGGCCUCUGCGUCUUCGGGGGCACAAAACAACGGCGAGCGCGAGAGGGCGACCGCCAGCUCGCUGCUUGAUCCCGCUGUCUGCCACGUCCCCUUUCGCGUCAUCGGCGCGCCGCUGCGCGCUCUUACGACUCUGUUGGUCGAGCAGCAAAGGAAAGGCACCGAUGACAGCUACGCGAGCGCGCUAGAUCAGCUGGAGGGCAUCUUCGUUGGCAUGCGGCUCCGCCUGAUUCUUCCUCCGCUCAAAGACGAGUUGAAGCACAUGCUGCUGUCGCACACGACGCUGCCCGACGCGGCGCGCCACAUCGCGCGCUACUGCGUCUCGGUCUGCGAGAUGGAGCUCAAGACUUUCUACGUUUUUUUCCCCAAAAGACGCGAGAAGGAUGCUCUGGGAACCCUUCUCGAGGCGAUUGGGAAUUGCGCAUACGACUGCCUGCGGCCGCCUGCGUUGGCUUGCGAUUCUGUUGAGGAGCUCAGCGAAAUCGUGGAGUCUUUGCUCCUCGAUGUGCUUCAGCCGUUGGAUCACGUCGAGCGAGGAAAGACUGGUGACCUCGUGCCUUUCCUCUCCGUCGUCUACAACCUUGUGCGCGAUGUUCAGGAGCGCUUGCUCUUCAGGGCAGACGCCUUCAUUCAAGACAGAGUCUCCUGCGCCUCCUCCACGCCGACGGACCUCGUCACGUUCAUCUUUUCGAGUACCGGCUUCCUCCACGUGCCGUCCUCUACGGCCUCGUCUUCGUUUUCGCUCACGUCUUCGUCUUCGGUCUUUCUGCCUUUGCAACAGGCGCUGCACCUUGUCACGCUGCUGCGGCAGACUGUCUCCGCGGAGGCCUACGGCUCUCUCUGCAGCUCCGCCCUGGAGGCCUGUUGCCUGGCGCUCGGCGACGCCGCGCGCUGCCUGGAGCUUGCGAUCGAGCGCGGCGCCGCCACGCAAACAGCGCUCUCCCCGGCAGUACGCGACGCUCUCGACGCCGCGAAAGACGCCUCCUCUGCGUCCUCUACAUCUUCUUCUUCCUCUUCCUCCACGGCGGCGGCGCUGCUGGCGGCGCCCGCCACGCUGAGCCUGCCGCUACACCUGGCGAUGCGUCGGGUUUGCGAGGGCCUCUGUGCGCAGGCGCGCGACGAGGGAGGAGGCGGGGAGCGAAGGCGAGAGGACACCAGAGAAGAGACAAGAAACGACGUAGGAGACGGGGCGGAUCGAGGCGCGUGCAGCGUCGCCGCGGUCGAGCGUGGAGGGGACGCGGUUUUUGCGCGGCUCUGGGCGGAGUUAGUUUGCCAAUUUUUCCUGUUGAAGCACGUCUUGGUGCUGCAGAGCUUCCUGGACGCGUCUGACAGCCCCGAGGUCUCCCUCGCGUGCAAGAAGAUCUCGUUUCCGCGGCUCCUCUUUGGCCGCGUGCCUUCGUCGGUCGCAGAGGAGCGCAGCCCGGCGGGGGCGGGCUGCUCCCUUGGCGGGAGGGGCGAGGAGACAGCGCGCCGGUCGGAGCCUCCUGCGCGCCGCGGCUUUGGAAUUUUCUCCUGGUUUCUACCUGCAGACGAGGAGAAGUCGUGCGACCUGCGCAGCGAACUCGAUCGCGAGGCUCGCGCACACGUAAACGACGUCCUCGCGGCACUCCUUGUGGCCUUCACGCUGCCGCUGCAAAACGUCACCGCGCAGAUCCCCGCGGAGGAGCUUCUCGCCAUCGAGGAGGCGGCGCGGCGGACGGCGAGCCACGACGAGGAGACGCACCGGGCGGGGGGUAAGAGCCUCACGCAGGAGCGGCCCUGCCUGCGAGAAGAGAACUUGAAGCGCGCGAUGAGCGACUUCUCGCAGGGCUUGCGCGACAGCCUGCCGGCCGUGCUUCUCCUCGCGAUGCUCUUCUUCGACGUUUUCGGAGGCGGAGUUGAGGGUGAAGACGCAGACGAGGAAGACCUCUGCGUCGCAGAAAGCAAAGAAAAAGGGGACAGACGCGCGUCAGAUCGGCAGGGGAGUGCACAGAGAGAGGCCGCGGAGGAAAGCCUCGAGUUUCUGCUGCAGCCGCUCUUCUCGGGCAUUCUGUCCGCGUACCGGGCCUUCUCCUCCCUCCUGCUGGAGGUCUUCUCGUCGCCCGCCGCCGCGCACUCCGCAGUGGGCUGGGAUCCGCCGCGCAACGUCGAACAGAGUCUCCUUCGCGCCUCCUCGCUCGCCUUCAGCGCCGGCCUUCGCAUCCGAGAGCUCCUCCCUCAACCGUAA